AUGCAUAACAGCAAGGAGCUCAAGGGCGACAGCAUCAAUGAGACCGGCCUUCAACAGGGCAAAAUAUUCGUUGAAAAUGCGGACAACCUUCGUCGACGUCUAAACAGCCGCCAGAUCCAACUUAUCGCCAUCGGAGGUUCCAUUGGCACGGCGCUGUUCGUGAGCAUUGGAAUGGUCUUGCCGCAGGAGGCCCUGGCAGCUUAUUUAUUGCCUAUGUUCUCUACUCCUGUGUGGUGGCCUGUGUCAACAACUGUAUAG